AUGCUGGCCCAGUUUCCUGGUGAUCACCGCAACCAGGACGUCCUCGUCAUUGUGGCCGUGUUUCCUGUGGAUAUCUCCAACAAACUCAUAGACGAUACGGACUUCGCUCGAAUGCCGCUGGCUUGCGAUUGGAUCCACUGA